UCUAGUCAUAAACGGUUAAGUAAUGCUCCAUUAUCGGGAUGACAGCGCCCUGCAGCGGCUCUCCCAGCGCCGUCCAGCAGGGGGCGCAGCGGUACAGAGGGAGGCGGAGCGCGUUCCCGCAGCAACAGGGAAGAUGGCAGCGCUCACAUCUCUGACCCAGUUAUCGAGCGGGAACCCUAUUUAUGAGAGCUUCUACAGACAGGUGGAUCCAGGGAACUUGGGGAGAGUGGGGCCCACAGAGGCAGCCCUGUUCCUAAAGAAGUCUGGACUUGCUGAUGUGACUCUGGGAAAGAUCUGGGAUUUAGCUGAUCCGGAUGGGAAAGGCUACUUGGACAAACAGGGUUUCUUCGUGGCGCUUCGGCUCGUGGCGUGCGCUCAGAACUGCCAUGAGGUCAGCCUGUCCAGCCUCAAUAUCAGCGUCCCCCCUCCCAAGUUUAAGGACACGAGCAGUCCGUCUCUGAGCAGCACUCCUUCAGACCACUGGGCGGUCAGGCCCGAAGAAAAGAGCAAGUUUGAUGGGAUUUUUGAGAGUUUGGUUCCAACGGGGGGGCUGCUGUCGGGGGAGAAGGUCCGGCCAGUCCUCAUCAACUCCAAGCUGCCUCUAGAUGUCCUGGGGAAGGUGUGGGACCUGAGUGACAUAGACAAGGACGGACACCUGGACAGAGAUGAGUUUGCUGUGGCCAUGCACUUGGUGUACCGGGCCUUGGAGAAGGAGCCCGUCCCUGCAGUCCUCCCCCCCUCCCUUGUCCCUCCCUCCAAAAGGAAGAAAAGCCUGUGCUCUGUCCCCGGUCUGCCCGCAAGCCCCCCACCUCCCAAGGACUCGCUACGCUCCACCCCCUCCCAUGGCAGCAUGACCUCUCUCAACAGCGCUGGCAGCCUGUCGCCUAAACACACCCUGAAGUCGGGACAGCAUUCCCUCAACUGGGUGGUUCCGGUGUCAGAGCGUGGUCGCUAUGACGACAUCUUCCUGAAAACAGACACAGAUCUGGACGGGUUUGUGAGCGGACAGGAGGUGAAGGACAUCUUCAUGCAGUCUGGACUCUCCCAGAAUGUCCUGGCCCACAUCUGGGCUCUGGCUGACACCAGGCAGAUCGGUAAACUGACCCGGGAGCAGUUCUCCCUCGCCAUGCAUCUCAUCCAGCAAAAAGUCAGCAAGGGCAUCGACCCCCCACAAGCUUUGAGUGCCGACAUGAUCCCCCCCUCCGAGAGAGCCACCCCUGUCCCUGCUGUGUCCGGGUUUGUGACUCCGGUGGGAUCAGACGUGGCAGCCUUGUCGGAGAUGAGGAGGGACAGCUCCAGCUCCGUGGGUUCAGGGGAGUUCACUGGCAUCAAGGAGCUGGAUGACAUCAGCCAGGAAAUUUCUCAACUUCAAAGGGAGAAGUACACUCUGGAGCAGGACAUCAGGGAGACGGAGGAGGCCAUCAGACAGAAGAGCGCAGAGGUUCAGGAGAUGCAGAACGACCUGGACCGAGAGACGGUCACUCUGCAGGAGCUGGAGGCGCAGAAACAGGAUGCCCAGGACCGCCUGGAUGAGAUGGACCAGCAGAAGCACAAACUUGAGGACAUGCUGAAUGAAGUGCGCAUGAAAUGCCAGGAGGAGUCUCAGAUGAUCUCCACCCUGCAGAGCCAGAUCCACUGCCAGGAGUCAGACCUGCUGAGCCAGGAGGAGGAACUGAGCCGGGCCAAGACCGACCUGAACCGCCUGCAGCAGGAGGAGAGCCAGCUGGAGCAGAGCCUGGCUGCCGGCAAGAUCCAGCUAGAAACCAUCAUCAAGUCCCUGAAGGCCACGCAGGAUGAGAUCAACCAGGCCCGCAGCAAACUGGCUCAGAUCCAGGACAGCCAGCAGGAGGUGACGAGGAGCAUCGAGCAGUACAGCAGCAGUCUGAACGGGGCUCACGGAGGCAGCAUGACCAACCUGGCCGACAUGAGCGAGGCCUUCACCGACAGAGACACCGGGGGCUUCCCAGCGCUGGGGAGGCUGCCACAGGAGGAUCCAUUUAAAGUGAAGCCUCCGUUCAGCAGCCAACCUCAGGAGCUCCAGGACCCCUUCCACUCUGAGGACCCCUUCAAAACCGAUCCCUUCAAAGGGGACCCAUUUCAAAAUGAUCCUUUUGCAAAGCAGCCGUCCUCGUCUGCAGAUCCAUUUGGAGGAGACCCGUUUAAAGAUCCUGAUCCCUUCAAGGCUUCAUCCGAAGACUUCUUCAAGAAAACCACAAAGAUUGACCCUUUCUCCACGCCGGACCCCUUCAGCAAAAGUGCCACCUUACCCUCCAAGCAAACCACCCACCUCACAGCUGCUGACCCGUUUUCUUCCAGCCACCAGAGGUCCAGAGGGCCUGACGUGUUCCAAACACUGGAUCCAUUUGGGAGCGGCUCGUUCAGCACCAACAGCUCUGCUGGGUUUGCAGACUUCAGCCACAUGUCCAAGCCAAGGGACCCCUUUGAAGGACGGGCCGGCUGGUUACCAGAUUACCAGAAGUCGGCGUUUGUGGACGACCCCUUCAGCAGGAGGAGCGACAUGCCAGCUCUGCCUCCCAAGAAGAGUGUCCCCCCAAGACCCAAACCCCCCAGCGGUAAGACGACCCCCGUCGGCCUGGUGGAGUCCUCCAAACCGGGCGACCCCUUUCAGCCGUUCAGCUCAGAAGUCAUUGACCCGUUCAUGAGUAAGAAGGGCCCAGUGGACCCCUUCAGUGGAAAAGACCCCUUCACCCCGUCAUCAGCAUCGAGACCUGACAAAGUGAAGCUUGGGAACGAGGCUCAGCAGCUGGAGUGGGCCAAACGGGAGAGCGAGCGUGCCGAACGGGAACGCCUGAAGAGGCUGCGGCAGCAGGAGCAGGAGGACCUGGAGCUCGCCAUCGCCCUCAGCAAGGCCGAGAUGUCCAACGCAUGACCGUGCACGGACCGGCGUGCACACCUACGGGACUGGCGUGCACACAGCCGGGCGCUACCCUCCUCACAGACUCGACACCCACAGAAGCUGCUCCUGCGCUGAGAGCUCAUGCACGCGCGUGACCACCACGGAGAGGGCGAGCUCAGAGCUGGCCGCGUCCCAGCGUGGGAGCAGAUGUUCCUCAGCGCAGCUGCAGGUGGACCGGGCCCCGCGUCCUGCUCCCCUGCACUGUCGGGACCGUCCCUGCUUCAGAACCUCAGUAUUAUUGUGACAGCUGCUUGAAGAGCUGCUGAUCUGUGAACAUGGAUCCUUAUUUCUCUAGAGCUGCAGAUUGAAGAUCUCCAUGAACUCAACACACUGCGUUUAUGUCCGUUUACUUGAAGAGGAGGCUGAUGGUUACACACACAUGCACAGACACAGACACACACACAUGCACAUAGGCAGAUGUAGACAGAGUUCCGUUACUGUUUUUAUCUUUUUUUUUAACAUGCGGGUUUUUUAGCUAUAUCAGAACCACUCGGAUCCAUCUGGACUCCAGGCAGAUGGACAUAGGUUCACAGACAAGGUUCUGCAGGGUUCCUGUUGUCUGAUGGAGCUCUGCGGUUCCAGUCUUUGCUAAGAACCUCCACCGUCUGCUGCAGACCAGACCUUCAGCUGCGUUUGUGCUACAGGUGGCCCGGUUACAAGUCUGCUCUGCUGGGAUUUUUACAGUUUGUUUACUUCAGAACCACAAUUCAUCACAUAACCGACCUUCCGUGAAGGAAGCCGACUGCUCCACAUUGCAGACCCACUCCUGUCAGAACCGGAACCUGUUGCUCCAUGCUGGUUCUGGUCUGGAUUUCCAUGUUUACUUGUGUUUUAACCCAGUUUCUUGUUUGUGUUCUGAUUAUUUAUGUCAUCGAGCAGCUUCCCCCUCCCUCCUGAGAGAACAGAUUCAGACCCCCCUAGAAUAAAUCAUGUGAGCAGUCUUUAUAAGGCCUCCCCUCUGUGUGGUCUCUGUGGGGGAGGGGCUUCAGAACUGUUCUGAGUCCAAUAAAGAAAUGAUCAAUCAAC